GUUGUCAAUUUCAAAAUAUUAUUGGAAAUAUCCCAUAUCAAAUUUCUCUGGUGUGUUAUUCCUCUUUAAAAACGCGAAAUUUAAAGGCAAAACUAUUUUCAUAUUUAGCAAUUGAAUAAUAUUACUUUCAGAUUCCCAUUCUUCUCUGCACAGCCAGAUGAAUAUAUCUCACGUAUCAUCUUUAGCGGUGGAGGUGGCGAAUUAUUCAGGGCUCCCUCUACCGGCACCGAAAGGUCACACUGUCCGUCUAAAUCUAACAGUGGUCGGUUACUCGCCAUCAGAAUGGAUGACUGUGAAUUGCUCGUGGAAACUUUUCACUAACUCCUCCGAAUGCAACAGAAACACAAGCGGGGUGUUCCUCAUAGAUUUGCUUCCAGGAGAGUUCAAUGAUCAACCCUACGGUGUACAUGUGCUUGUAGUGUAUGUCAGUUCAGCACAGGAAGUAAAAAAUACACCCGUUUUAUUGCGUUACGAAACAGUUGAUGAAAGCAUACAGGAGCUGCCAAGUUAUCAGAGUAUUCGAGGGACAAUGUUAAAUUCGACAGUUAACAUCGGAAGUAACCAGAUUAACGAGUGGAUUUUGCCCACUUCUUUCUGCUACGGUCCGUCCGUCGCCUUGAACUUCAAUAGCGGUUACUUUGCCUUGUAUUCGUCAAAUGUGGUAAAGACUGUCGUUCAAAGUUUUCGAAAAGAGGAAGACACAGUGACCUCUAUGACAGCCAUACCAAGCACUGUAUCCACCGCGAUUCAACAGCAAACUGGGGACCCACAACUGACCAACCUCACGUUACCUCUCAGGAAUAUUCAGACCGAUAAGGGUCUGUGGAUGAUCCCUCUGUCCAUGAACCAACCACCAACUGGAGGUUAUUGUGACGUCAUUCCAAAGGAGGGGUUGGUAUUGGAGACUGAGUUCGUGGUAACUUGUAGAUACUGGAAAUCGGGAUCUGAGAAUUACAGCACACCAGAACAACUGGUCCCAGUUCCUUUGUUGUAUUCAGUGUGGUACAGAACCAACAACGAUGACAGAGUUAUGGUGUACCAAGGGUAUGAGUCAUCAACACCCGCAUUUGUUUUGCCGUCGGGUUCUGCUGCCGAGGACCACCGAAUCGCGAUAGAGAUUGAAGUGGAAGACAGGUUUGGUGACACGACAGGCCUAAACAUAUCAGUGUCUGUCAAGGAAGGAGGAAUGAACGAUACGGAUAAUGUGGAUACAUUUGUUGAGAGCCUCAGGCGGCAUCUUGCCAAGUUCGACUACAAUCCACAGCCUGAUUCCCAGAUUCAUGUCAUACAGAUAAUGGCCAAAGAACUCAACAAAAUCCAAAUCAAUGACUCACUUCCAAACAUGGCAGAUCUUGUCAACGUAAAUAUUUCCGAUCUGAGAACCAUGAUGACUCGCUCUAAGGCCACUGUGUUACAAAACGUAAGACGGGCUUUUGAAAUUCUCACAAACUCUACUCUCGACUGGUUGACGAAUUCUUUUCUGGAAAUUCUAAAUAAUUCUCAGCAAAGUGUAUUAUCUGAAAAGGAGACUUGUCACAUGCUGCUUUUAUGCCUAGAUAGCUUGCAAACUUGCACAAGAAACCCAGAAAUCACAACACCAGAAUCUAUAAAAACCGUUGUGAGUGCACUUGACCAGCUGAUUUCAAGUAGAAUACUGCAAGGUUCAUUCCUCAAAGACGGUUCAAUAGCAAACAAGACCAUAAGUGGUUUGAUGAAGGUCAUUGAUAGAGUUUUCUUGAGUUGUUAUCACCAUUACUUUGAUGAUAUAGAGGAGUCGUUAACCAGAAAUACAAUAGACCCCAUGUUGAUGGGAAGCCGUACCGAAUCCACUGAGAGAACACAGUUAAUUGAAGAUUAUAUAUCCUCAAAGAGACGUCAAACGAUUCAGAAAAUGCAAGCAUUAGAAGUGUCCUCAGAACCUUUAAUAACGUCAUUGAGUGCAAUAGAAGAGAUGAUGACAGCUACGAUGACAGAGAGGAAAAGGACAGAAAAUCACGAAUUUAUGUCCGUUCAAAUGGAGAAGGUCGAUUUCCGGUCAUUCCAAAAUUACUCCACUACAGUGGGCGGUAUACCUCUGAAUCUUCACACUAGGGGAAUCAGCCACACUGACGUGAAUAUCUCUAUUGCAACAUUUAAAAGGUCACCGUUUCCAUUAUUAAACGACUCUUCAGUCGGUUCAUCCGGCGCUGUGAUGCUUCAUGCCGAUGUUGAUUGUGACGUGUCAGUGACACUGCGGAACAGGGAGAUGGAAAAUGUCUACUCAAAAGACUUUUCACUUCACUCUAAUGUGGAAUUCUUUCAAGAAUUCGCUGUUAAUUCUUAUGAUUUAACUUUGAUUCACUUAGACUUUCAAAACUUCUCGAAUGCAGGAAAACUGGAGCUGUAUAUCAAGGGAGGAACCAUACCGACUAAAACAAACUUCGACAUUAAGUACGAUGUUCAAAAAGGUCAAACCAGUUAUCCUAUUCCAGCCGGGAAUAUUUCACACUCAAAAGGAUAUCUAACGAUUCUACUGAAAGAUGCAAAGAGAAAACGAAAAAGAAGACAUGCGGGAAUAAACGACAAAAUAAGUGGAAAUUCUGAGACAGUGGGCAUUCAGACAUUCACUGUAGGGUGUCGGUCCAGAUCAUCCACAUCAUGGAUCCCAGGAGGGUGCAAGGUUGAUGAGCAAUCCUCCUUGCAGUACACUAUCUGUCGCUGUCCACACACUAGCCGCAGUUUGAGUCUUUUCACUACCACAUUUUACGUCCAGCCAAAUCUGAUUGACUUCUCUAAAAUAUCCGACUUCACCAAAUUUGACGUGAAUAACGCCGCGGUUUAUGGGACGUUAAUUGUGAUGAUAUGUCUGUACAUGGUACUGGUCAUUGUUCUUAGAAGACAGGAUCACAAAGACACACAGAAGUGGAUUCCUCAGUUCCUUUGUGACAAUGGCGAGAAUGAUGGCUACUUCUACAUGAUAACCGUGUACACAGGCAUGCGCAGGGGCUCUGCCACGAUGUCAAAUGUAAACUUCAUUUUAGCUGGAGAGGAUGAUGAUUCUGGAAUUAGAGUAAUGAGUGACAGCUAUCGCUCUGGGUUUAAUGCUGGGUCUGUACGUCGAUUUAUCAUGAGUUCAACCUCAACAUUUGGAAGACUGGACUAUCUUAGAAUCUGGCAUGACAACUCGGGGUCCGGUAAUAUGCAGUCCUGGUUCUUAAACAAAGUAGUGGUAGACGAUCUGCAAACAAAGGAAAGAAGCGUGUUUCAUUGUGGAAGAUGGCUCUCCCUGGACCAUGAUGAUGGUAAAACAGAAAGGGUCCUCCCCGUCUGCACAACGGCGCACCUUAAUAGCUUCAACACUCAGUUUUCUGAACAAACUCAGGUCAAUUUAACGGAUAGUCACCUUUUAGUGUCUACAUUGAUUCGCCCAGAAAGCAGCAACUUUUCACGUGUCCAGAGAGUGUCGUGUCUUUUUGUUUUUAUGCUGCUUUCCAUGAUUUCCCACGCGAUGUAUUUUAAAGAGGAUCCCGAUGUAUCACCAAGCCAAGUCAAAAUAGGAAGUUUCAGCUUUUCGUUGAAGGAUUUAUAUGUAUCUUUCAUCGUAGUUUUCAUUACUACUCCGCCAAUUUUAUGUGCUUCUUUCUUGUUUAAAAGGACUGCAAAAAACUCUUACAAUUUCAGACAGGUAUUUUCAAGGAGAGCAUCGACGUCGUCUCAAAAGUACACUGCUACAAAAUCGGAGUUACCCCAUAGAGUAGAUCUCAAUUGCAUGUUUGAUACUCAGAAAACAAUGUUCCCAAGGUGGGUUUUGUUUAUAGCCUGGGUCGUACUUUUUGUGGCAGCCCUGGCUUCUACUUUUUUUCUGCUCUGGUACAGUUUGGCUUGGGGGAAAGAAAAGUCAACAAAAUGGUUAAUCAAUUUCUUCUUAUCAUCACUCGAGUCCAUAUUUAUUGUGGAUCCAGCAAAGGUCAUUGUGAUGGCUGUGGUGGGUGCACUUUUCCUAAAGAACCAGGAGACGCAAUACAAACUAAAUGUUGAUCUCCGCCACCUUCGGCGUUUGGCAAACGGCUUCUACAAUCGCAACAUCGAAUCCCUUAAUGUGCUACGAAGACAGAUCCUUGGUAGACAAGAGCCUUCGACGAACCUAGAUGUAGAGAACUUUAGAAAAAGACACCAAGAAGAGGUCAAAGCAAGACGGAUAUUUAUAGAACUUAUAACUUACAGCGUCUUUGCUUUUCUCGUCUUCAGCAUCAGUUAUAUUCACAAGGACCAGCGAUCAUAUUUACUAAAGCAUAAUGUUCAUAACAUGCUUGUCCAAGACCCUGUAUCACACACAAAAUUUGCAAAGAUGAAUAAAACAAGUGACUACUAUGGAUGGUUAAGGACAACACUGCUCCCACAGCUUUAUCCGUCACAUGACUGGAGAAACACCACAUUGCCGCCAUCAUCUCCCUGGUUUGGAGACUUGGUUAAUAUCAGAAUUGGUACUCCCAAACUACGACAAGUUCGAAUUACAGAAGAACCCUGUACGUCCCACAUGUAUCAUAUCGUUCGACCCUGUAUCCAUGGAUAUCAGAAGGACAACAUGGAAACCAGAGACUUUUAUUCCUACUGGAAGCUCACGGAAAACGUUUCUCAAGCACAACGAAUUCUCGAUCAGGCCUGGAAGUACUCUGCUGAUGAGGACGGCAUAUAUAUCCCUGGAGAAAUUCACACGUAUAACCCGGGAGGAUACACAAUCAUAUUCCCGGAUACGUUGACGAAGGCGCUUAACUUUGUUGAUUAUCUUGAAAAGAGCAGAUGGAUGGAUAGACAUACCAGAGCUCUAUUCCUAGAACUCAACCUCUACAAUCCAAAUAUUAACAUCUUCACAUACAUCAUGUUCAUAGCCGAAUUUAUCGAGACGGGUGGAAUCGUGACCUCAUCUAACAUCUGGGUAUUCAGACCCAAUGAAUUUACAGGGGCAAUGGGAACAUACGCUGUACUCUGUUAUUUGUUUUUUCUUAUAUUCCUUGUCUGGGGAACCUUUAAGGUUAUAAAUAGAAUAUAUCAUGAACGACUAGCGUUCUUAAAGCAACCCUGGAAUAUGGUGGACAUAUGUUGCAUUCUUCUCAGCUAUGUGGGAAUAGUGGUCUUUUUUAUUCGUUUGGUGAAAGCCAUACAAAUCAUGUCGAAGUUCAAGGCUAAUUUUUCUAAAGGAUAUUUUGUCAAUUUUCAGUCAGUAUUUCUUUGGGACUAUGCUCUCAACUGCAUCAUAGGAAUUCUGACCUUUAUAACAACCUUAAGAAUACUCCGAAUACUGGGAUACAACCGGCGUUUGACCGAAAUUGUGCGAGUUAUAACUAGUGCAGCAAGGGACUUGAUAGGUUUUGGCUUUGUUUUCAUCAUUAUAUAUAUAGCCUAUGUCUUAUUCGGUUUCUUAAUUUUUGGGAAGUCCUUGAGCGAGUACAAGACUGUGUUUAAGUCGUUUGGAACUCUAACCAAUUCUCUCAUUGGAAAGAACCGGUUAGACAUGAUGAUCCACGUGGCCCCUCAGGAAGCCACCUUUUUCUAUUUCACGUACACCCUGUGCGUCAUCCUCACCUUAUUGACCACGUUUUCCGCCAUUCUGAACUACAGUAUCAUGGGUGUUCGUCAGCAGUCAAAAGGAAAUCCCGAAAUGUAUGGCGUUCUUAACAUACUUGGUUCUAGUAUUAGUAAUCUGUUAGGAAUAGCAACGGCAUUUCACAGGAAGGAUAAAUCUAAAACAAGUCCCAAUACAGAAGGAAAACUGACUUUGCAUGAAGAAAAAAUAGACGUCAUUGGUAUUGUUAGAUUGAUUAAAGACAUCUUUGUCCAAAGUUUUGGCAAGGAAUUUUUGGAUGCAACCCGUCGUUCUUCGUUGAAAACUGUGAAUUCCUCUCCUAAAUUUGCAACUCCAACACCACAGACACUUUACAUACGUCACAGGCGACAAAGUCUUGACGACAUCAGCAGACUCGAAAGAAUCAACGCCCUGACACUAAACAUACCUCACAGGCGACAAUGCCUUGACGACCUCAGCAGACUCGAAAGAAUCAACACCCUGAAGGAUAUUCAAGUGUCCAUUGAGAAAAAAGAACAAGACGAGGUUCGGCAAAAUCUUCGCUUUUUGUGACGGAUUGAAAAUGUUUUCCAAUGUAACGCCUUUCUCAAAAAUUAAAAGGGUGAUACCCCCUACAUAUAUAUGUGUAGUCAUAGAUGAUCAUUUAAUACAUAAAAUACCUAUUGGAUUGUU